CACAGUUAUAUUAGAAAAUCAUGAAAGUGGCAUAGAGAACAGGGUGGACAGGAACACGAGUGAUUUUUCUGUUUAUACCUUUUUACAUCAUUUUGAUUUUUUUUAAACUUUAAAAUGUGAACUAAAGAUUCAUAAAACAUUGCCAAAAAUAGUAGAGAUCCUGUGUACCCUACACCCAAUUUUCUCCUAUGGUGACACCUUACAUUACUAUAAUAUUAAUACCACAACUCUGCAAAGUUCAGAUGUCACCAGUUAAAUGCACUCGUGUCUGUGUGUGUGGUUCCACAUAGUUUUAUCACAUGUAGAUUAGUGUGACCACCAUCAUAAUCAAGUAUAGAACUAUUCCAUCAUCCCUUGUGCUCCCCCAUCUAGUCACACCCAUCCCCCAACAACCACAGCUGUUGCCUGUAUGAACAGUUUGUUUCUUCUUAUUGUUGAGUAGAAUAUUCCUUGGUAUGGGUGUUCCGGAUUGUUUAACCAUCUGCCCUUUGAGACAUCUGGGUUGUUUCUGGUAUUUGGCGAUUACAAAUACAGCUACUGUGAACAUUCGUGUAAGUGUUUUCGUGUAGACCGAAGUUUGCAUUUCUUUAGGGUAAGAGCUCAGGAGUACAGGUGCAGGGUCACAUGGUAAGUGGUAUGUUUUGCUUUUAUUUAAAAAACUGUUAAAAAAUUUUCCAGGGUGACAUUCCGAUUUUUCAAACAUAUGAACAUUGAAAAAUAAAUCAAGGCUGUUAAUGUUGAGUCUGACCAUGUCCUUAAAAUCAGGGCAGCAGUAUUUCUCUAGUCUGACCUGGAAAGGUCUCCUGGAUACGUGAUGCUCUUGUUAUAUCCUGAAUCUUUCUCCUCCUAGGUGUGGUACAGAUAGUGGAGGUGAUACUGAAUGGGAUGGUUCUCAUGUGUAUCGUGGCUUCCUACUUUGUCCUUGCUGGAUUCAGCGCCAGCUUUGCCAGUGGCGGCGGCUUUGGAAGCAACUAUUACUCACCGUUUGAAGGCACUGAGCUGGAGGAGGUUCGGCAGCUGGACCAGCAGUACACAAUCCUCCGGGCACCCCUGAUAUACGGUGGCGUGGCUGUUUCUCUGGGGCUGGGUGUCCUCACCAUGGGUGUUUUACUCCAAGGAGCCAAGAGUCUAACCAAACUGCCCAGGAACUGGCUCCUCCUGGAGGCCGCCUUCAGCGUCCUGGCAGCAGUGGGCUACUGCACAGGCGUCGGGGUUUACCUCCACGUCGCCUUGCGGAUCAAUGCUACAGACACUUGCAAGAGAAGAGAAAGGCUCUAUGCACGCAAAGGUCUCACCUGGAUGAACUGCCAGCUGUCAGGCACUGACGGAGCGGCUGCCACCUUUGCCUGUCUUCUGGUGAUAAUGUACGGAGUCAGUGUGGUGCUGGCCCUACGGAGCUACCGAGAACAGAAGCACUACAAAGACAGCCGGGAACAGCACAGAAAUUACAGCGAAGCACCGGAGUAUCUGUGGUCAGGAACACUCUGAGAUCUCUUGGAACCUAAAUGUCAACCCACCUCCCUGGUCUCUCUCAAAAAGAUGGGUCCUUUAAAACCACACAUUGGACAACUGGUGUUUUCACCUAUGCAAUUUUAUAAAUGUUCUCUGCGGUACCAAUGCAAAGCUAGAUGGUCAUCUCAUUUUUCUAUCAAUAAGCUUUUCAAGCUCAAA